CAAUGCUAUAGGUUAAAUUUAAUAGUGUCACAAAAGAAAGGCUGAUAGCAUAAAUUGAUCAUAGCUACCUACUGAACAGGCUCUUUAAAUCUAAACAAAUAUUUCAGUAACUGUUCAACUAUUGACAACAUAACCUAUAUUCAUCAAAACUUCUAUGGCUUCUUAAUUGCAAUGCUUUAUGAAUGUAAUUUUGUAUUCUAUCAUAUUGCAGUAUAACCUUUUUUUUACUCACUUUGUUUCAGUGGAUCACAAUGUAUAAGAAGAACAAAGUAACCAUCUGGAGUUCUGAAUUUCCAUCAGUUGAUCCUUAUAUUGAAGAAGCACUGCUGGAAAAUAACUCAAAUGAUUCUUCUGAUUGUCUUAAUGGCAAUGAGUUCGAUAAAAAAAGUGCAUUGUAUGAAGAUUUGGUUAACAGAAAUUCAUGUGAAACAACCAUCCCCGUCAAGUUAGUUUUGAACUCAGAUGAAAAUAAUUCAAAUGAAUCUUCUGAUUGUCUUAAUGGCAAUGAGUUCAAUAAGAAAAAUGCAUUGUAUGAAGAUUUGGUUGACAAAAAUUCAUGUGAAACAACCAUCCCCAUCAAGUUAGUUUUGAACUCGGAUGAAAAUAAUUCAAAUGGGAGCAUUUUUUCUGUUCUCCCAUCCAGCAAAACUCGGGGCAAGCAUUACUAUUUGCAAGAAGACAUGCAAAUAAUCAACACCGAACCUAUGACAUGGAUUCCUGUAGAGCUGACGGGUGGUAAGGCUGGAGAGAAGAUUAGCAUCACCUUAAAAUAUGCUGAUGAAGGCGUUGAGGAAGAAAGCUUGCAUUGUGCAAAACAUUCUAUAGUACUUGAUGUAAAAGCUGUCAAAAAUGUGGAGAUCAUCCCAGCUCCUGACUACCAUUCAGGACCUUAUGAACGGGUCCUGAACAUUGUUUCUGAAACUGAUGGCAUUGUCAAGUUCAGCUUCAUCAUGCAUUGCCUCAACUCUUGUACGCCAAAACACCCUGAGCGGAUCAUCAUGUUCCAGCACCUCGAUGACUUGGAGAAUAAAACGUCAUGUUGGAAGCUGCGAGUGAGCAAGAACCCGAAACGCGACCACUUUUUAAUGCUUGACGCACUGGACCCCAAGACGGGCAAGAAGCGCCAUGGAUACUACAGUCGCAUGGGGGUGGUCAAACGUACCAAAUCUGAGGUCCUCCAUAACCCCUCGGAGGCUCCAUACUACAGUCGCAUGGGGGUGGUCAAACGUACCAAAUCUGAGGUCCUCCUUAACCCCUCGGAGGCUCCAUACUACAGUCUCAUGGGGGCGGUCAAACGUACCAAAUCUGAGGUCCUCCAUAACCCCUCGGAGGCUCCAAACGCUAACUUUUCAAACUUUCAAGCAGCUGAAACGGUGAUGCAACCAAGCCGGAAUUUUGAAGAUGCUGUAAUUAAUUUCAAUGCUGCGAAUUCUAUUGUCCAUGUUGUAGGAAACCCCGAGACACAACCUCUUUUUCAAGAGGAAGACUUGGUUGCUGAAGCAGUCCCAGAAGCUACUCAACCACCUGGAUUCCGAGUGGUCAUGAAAACCAAGGAGGAUGACGUCCUUAUUAAGACGUUAGUCAUAAAGAUAGGUGGCGAAAUUGUUGACUAGAUUCUUGCUGCGCACUGAGAAAUUCUAUUGUUGGAGACAUAGAGAAGGACUGGAUAAUAUGAUUUGGAAUUAAA